UGUGCAGUCCCGGAAGCGGCCGGGGGAAGCUGCUCUGCGCGCGCUGCUAGAGGAAGCGCCACCGGGUCCGCUCAGCUCUGGGUCCGGCUGGGCCAUGGAGUCGAUGUCCGAGCUCGCGCCCCGCCGCCUCCUGCUUCCCUUGCUGCUGCUGUCGUUGCUGCUCCUGCCUGCCCUGAAGCUGGGCCCGAGCCGCGUCCGGGCGGAGGAGACCGACUGGGUGCGAUUGCCCAGCAAAUGCGAAGUGUGCAAGUAUGUUGCAGUGGAGCUGAAGUCAGCCUUUGAAGAAACCGGGAAGACCAAGGAAGUGAUCGACACAGGCUAUGGCAUUCUGGACCGGAAGGCCUCUGGAGUCAAGUACACAAAGUCGGACUUACGGUUAAUUGAAGUCACUGAGACCAUUUGCAAGAGGCUUCUGGACUACAGCCUGCACAAGGAGAGGACUGGCAGCAACCGGUUUGCCAAGGGCAUGUCGGAGACCUUUGAGACGUUGCACAACCUAGUCCACAAAGGGGUCAAGGUGGUGAUGGACAUCCCCUAUGAACUGUGGAAUGAGACCUCUGCUGAGGUAGCCGACCUCAAGAAGCAGUGCGACGUCCUGGUGGAGGAGUUUGAAGAGGUGAUCGAGGACUGGUACAGGAACCACCAGGAGGAAGACCUGACUGAAUUCCUCUGUGCCAACCACGUGCUGAAGGGCAAGGACACCAGUUGCCUGGCAGAGCGCUGGUCUGGCAAGAAGGGGGACAUCGCCUCUCUAGGAGGGAAGAAAUCCACGAAGAAGCGUGGCAGGGUGAAGGGCUCCAGCAGCAGCAGCAAGCAGAGGAAAGAACUGGGGAGCCUGGAGGGGGAUGCCAGCCCUGAGGAAGAGGAGGGUGUGCAGAAGGCCUCCCCCCUCCCACACAGCCCCCCUGAUGAGCUGUGAGCCCACCUUAGUGUCCUCCAAUCAAGACCCCGACUGCAGAGCUCAGGAGCAUGGGACACGGCUCCCGCGAGAUGACUGUUGUCCAGCUUCCGGUCUCCUCUCUCGGCUGUGCCCUCUUCCUGCCCUGGAGCAACAGCAAGCAGUGGACUGAUCUGGGGUGGGAGAGGAGGAGGGUGUGCAGAAGGCAGCUCUCUUGCUACCCAGCCCCCCCUCACGAGCUCCGGGUCCAACCCAGCAUCCCCAAACGGAGACCCCUGACCUUGAAGCAGAAGAGCACAAGACACAGAAGAUGACUGUUCCAGCGCUAGGUUUCCAGCAGGGUGGACACAGCCCCAGGAAGGACUUAGCUGGGCGUGGCAGUCAGACCCGCCUCUAGCUCCACUGAGCACUCUCUUCUGCUGGGUUCUUGGUCAGGUCUUGGGUUUCCGAGCUUCCAGGAUGAACUCAGCGCGGUGUGGCACAAGGGGCUGAGCGCCAGAGCUGGAGCCGCUCCAGAGCGUGCAGCGGGGGCGCCACACCUGACCCCACGGGGAAGCAAAACUGCAGCCACAGCAGCUCCCCGCCCCCAUCCACUCGUGAGGACAACUUGUGCUCUGCCGGGCCCUCCUCCCCAGGGCUACCAGAGUAAACACCUUUCCGCCUUUUGGUUCCGGUUCCUGGGUCCUUUCAGCCUCCAGAGUCCCCUCCUUGCUCUUUUCUGCCUGUCUCUCACAGUCCUGGGGGCUGGGAAGGUGACGAUGCUGCCACCGUCAUUGGAGGCUUAACCUACCAGUUACUAGGAGGAGCAGGUGCUGAGUGCGCCCAGGGUUGGUUUGGGUUAAAGCAGUGGUCCUCACCCUUCCCAGUGCUGCGACCCUUUAAUACAGUUCCUCAUGUUCUGGUGA